AUGUUUGGAGCCGGUAACAGUGCCUUUGGCACGGGAAACUCCGCGUUCGGAACUCUGAACCAACCGGCUAGCAGCGGAAGCUCAGCUUUUGGUAGUGGAAACAGCGCUUUUGGCACAGGAAACUCCGCGUUCGGCACGGGAAACAUUGCGUUCGGCACGGGCUCUGGAACGGGGAGUACUGCGUUUGGUACUGCGUCAGGAACGAGCGGUAAGGCGUUUGGUGCUGGAAAUACUUCGUUUGGUACAGGGAAUGCUUCGUUUGGCACAGGAAACUCGUCCUUUGGCGCCGGCAACAGCUCUUUUGGCACUGGAUCGGGAAGUGCCUUUUCUGGUGCAACUAAUUUGUUUGAAAGCAAAUCCGGCCAGUCUGCUUUUGGCUCCUCUAGCUCUCCUUUUGCGCAGGCCGCACAAGAUAAUUCAGGCCAGUCUGUAUUCGGUGGUUCCAACCAGUCGUCGUUUGGCUCCCAGGGUGUUUUUGGGUCGCAGCAAUCCAGCUCUGCGUUUGGAUCUCAGCCGAGCACCUCCGCGUUUGGAUCUCAGCAACCCAGCGCUGCAUUUGGAUCUCGGCCAAGCACCUCUGCAUUCGGCUCUCAGCCAAGCACCUCUGCCUUUGGGUCUCAGCCGAGCACGUCUGCUUUUGGCUCUCAACCAAGCACGUCUGCGUUUGGGUCUGGGGGUGCUGCUCAGCCAGCGAGCUCUACAUUUGGUUCUCAACCUGCAGCUAGCUCGACAUUUGGCUCAACUCAAAGCCCGUUUGGAACCCAACCUUCUACGUCCGCUUUCGGAUCACAGUCCACGCUCUCUUCCUUUGGGUCUCAACCUGCAACAUCCACCUUCGGAUCCCGAACUGGAGCUGCCUUUGGCUCCCAGCCUGGUGCUUUUGGCUCUCAAAAUGGUAGUUCUGCGUUCGGCUCACAAAAUGGAUCCGCAUUUGGUGCCCAGCAACCCACUUUUGGCUCACAAGACAAUUCCUUUUCAAACCAAUCCCAGCCUGCUGCCGGACAGUCUAGCGCUUUUGGUGGCCAAAAUUCUGCGUUUGGUCUGGCAAACACAAGCCAAAAUACCUCAAGUGUGUUUGGCGGUCAAGCACAAACUGCGUUUUCAGACAACCAGUUUGGUCAAUCGAGCCAGCAAAAUACUCAGCCAAACGGCUUUCCACAAACAAUGCAAGCACAGACUAAACCAACACCUUAUAUUCAAGGUGCAAACCAGGAUCCUUUACCUGAGGACAGUGAGUUGACUCCUGCGGUGCGUGAAGCAUUCAUGGCGGACGCUUUCACUCUAGGCCGUGUGCCAGAAAUAGUGCCUCCACUUAUGUAUCACUAA